UAUUCCACCCCAUUUGACUUUUCGAUUAAUGUCUCCCUGAAGAUGAGGGUAUUUCAUGCAGUUGUAAUUUUUGCGUCGUGCCUCUUGGCCUCUGGAUCACCGAUUAUCAAAGUGAAAACGGUAAAAGGCCAAAAGAAGUCUUAUUGUUGCUAUGGAGUUGUGCGACCAUUUGACAUGAUGGCAAAAGCUAAGCAAGGCUUGCGAGCUUUGAAUCAAGUCGGAUACUCGCUCAAACAGGUUCGCCAAGCGCUCGGCAUUCAACAGAAGACACUCGAAGGAAAACUGGAGAAAGCAGAAAAGAAGGCAGAAGACAUAAGUGCAAGGGUGGAAAAAGCACUGAAAGAGACCAUGAAGAUCUUGACAGACGCCACUAAAGCGGCUGCCGCUAAGCUGGGAUCAGUAUCAGAUGCCACUAAUGAUUUGGGACAACUAAGUAAAGACAUCGAAGAGACGAAAUCACACGACAUGAUCAGCAAAAUAAGAGAAAUGAUCGCCGAGAAACCGGAAAAGGAGGAACACGAUGAUGAGAAAGACUCAAAAAAAAGUAUAGGCACUGAGGACAGCAAGGACCAAUCGAAAGGUGACAAACAACACAAAAAACUGAAACCGAAGGACAACAUUCCAAAUGCGCUCGAAGCAGAUGAAACUGCCGUCGCUAGAAGCCUGCUGGACUUACAAAAACACGAGGUUGAAGAGGUAGAAAAGGCGAAAGAUGCUAUCCACGAAAAAGCGCAAGCAAACAAGCGAGCGUUUGAAAAGACCAAAGACCUCCUGAAGGAGAUGGAAGACGGAUUAUUAAAGUUCGGAAUCUAUUAAAAAGAAGUGACGUAGAAAGAUGAUUCAUGGGCUCCAUGGACUGGAGGGCAUGGGCAGAAUUUUCCGUGAGAAAUCCUGGAUUUAGCUGGCAGGAUUAUUAUUCUUUUGAGUGCUUGCGAAUAAUCUUUGUUGGCCUCGCUUUUGAGUGAAAAGCUAAGUAACACACAUGUAGAAGAAUAAUAGUCAGCCUCGUCAUUUAUGGAAGAAGGCUAUUUCGCCUUUGAAGUUUAUGUCUUGUUCUCUACUCAGUUUUCUGGAAUGAUGUUCAGUCCUUUGUUUGGAUUUUUCUUCUUUCUCUUCUCAGGUCAACCUUGCCCGUGAGAACGCAAGCUUAGUCAGUUCAACAGUAGUUAUAAUACUAACAGGAGGUAGCAAAUAUGUACUGGCUUUAGAGGAUGGUUUCACUCAAGCAGCCCAUAAAAUGACAAAUCAUUGCAUACUCCUCUUCAGUUUGUAUGUUAUGACGAAAUUCAAUUCAUGCAAUGCUGUGUAUCGUCGAUAAAUAUAUUUUGAAAGUCGCAUAGCUUUGAUAGGCAGAACCGGAAAUUCGGCUGGGACUCCGGCUAGCUUCAGUGGUUCAGUAAUUUAAAAGAUUCAAAAGUAUUACCUCAAUAACGUAACCCAGAUAUCGGUGUCCGAAUCUUGUUAUCGGUAAUUAUUCCCUGUUUGUUAACGAAUAAACGACUAUAAAUCA